AUGUCUGGAGAACUAAUAUCGAUCAAGACCGCAGUUGAAGUGGCCAUUUCUGCCGUCGUCGUUGGCGGAUUUUAUAUUUAUAUUCCUAGCCUCGUUGUUCCUAUAGUUGUACUUGUUGUGGGUUCAUGGUAUAAAUAUUUGAAUUCGUUGAAAAGAAAAGUCAAACCAGUUCUAACUCCUGAACUAUGGAAACAAUUCUCGCUCGUGGAGAAGAUUCGAAUCAGUCACAACUCCGCAUUGUAUCGUUUUGCAUUACCACACCCGGACGACGUUUUGGGUCUCCCGAUCGGUCAGCAUAUUUCGGUGCAAGCGGAAAUUGACGGUAAACUUAUCCAACGCAGUUAUACGCCAACUAGUUCGGAUGAUGACCUUGGUCAUUUCGAUCUUGUUAUAAAGACUUAUCCCAAUGGAAACAUAUCCAAAUGGAUCGACGAACUCAAGAUUGGGGAAAAAAUCACGGUCAAGGGUCCCAAAGGUCAAUUUAAAUAUAGGCCUGGAUUGGUCCGAGCUUUUGGCAUGAUUGCCGGUGGCACUGGAAUAACACCGAUGUUACAGAUCAUUCGUGCUAUUUGCAAAAAUCCAUAUGACAAAACGCGCGUCAGCUUAAUCUUUGCAAAUGUCACCGUCGACGAUAUCUUGUUGAAAGACGAACUAGACUCGCUCGCAUCUAAACAUGAAAACUUUACCGUUUUUUACACAUUGGAUAAGCCUCCACAAGGUUGGACCGGAGGUUCUGGAUUCGUGACACCCGAAAUUAUUGAAAAAUACUGCCCUAAACCUGCGCAAGACGUCAAGAUAUUAUUGUGUGGUCCUUUGCCCAUGGUCAGUGCCAUGACCAAAGUUUGCGAGUCGCUAGGUUACGAGAAGGCCAGAAGUGUUUCGAAACUCGAGGAUCAGAUUUUUAAAUUUUAA